UCCUUCUCUCAGUACUUGUUAAUCCAUCCUCCCCACUUCUCAACUGCUCCUCAACGCUCCUUCUCCCCCACCCGAAAUUCUCCAUUUCUUCAUUUUGUCCAGACAAAGAAACCUUAAAGUUGGUGUAACUCUGUACAUUAAUUACUAAAAGCAUGGGCUCUGAAGCUGCUAAGGUUGUUGUGCCUAGAAACUUUAGGUUGUUGGAGGAACUAGAGAGAGGAGAGAAAGGAAUUGGAGAUGGAACCGUCAGCUAUGGAAUGGAUGAUGCUGAUGAUGUACUCAUGCGUUCAUGGACUGGGACCAUCAUUGGCCCUCCCGGUACUGUUCACGAGGGGCGUAUCUACCAGUUGAAAUUAUUCUGUGACAAAGACUAUCCAGAUAAUCCACCAACCGUUAGGUUUCAAUCGAGGAUAAACAUGAACUGUGUGAACCAAGAAACUGGAAUGGUGGAGCCUAGGUUGUUCCCCAUGCUGUCGGAUUGGCAUAGAGAGUGCACCAUGGAGAAUGUACUGACCCAGUUGAAGAAAGAAAUGGCGUCUCCUCAGAACCGUAAGCUUUCACAACCUCUUGAAGGGAAUGAAGAAGGAAGGGCGGAUCAAAAAGGCCUAGUGUUGAGGUGUUCCAUACUCUGAGUAGUUUUAGAUGAAAGAGUAAGUAAUUAAGAACCUGUAAUAUGUAUAGUCACAAUAUAAUUAUAUCAUUUACCCCCGAAGGUUAUAAUAAAUCCUGUAUUAAUUAUGUAAAACAGCUGCUAAAGCAAAAGUCUUCCUAGUCUAUUUUCAGUUUCUUUUACGUGUCUGUAUCAACUGCCUGACCUGGGUCCAUUCCUGUUGGCUUCACAAGGGAUUGUAUAACUCUAGAAUUGUUGCCUUUAUACUCUUUGUUGGUAAUCCAACACACGCUUUUCCUUAAUUAGAUGAUGCUUUGUUACU